AUGUCCUCCUACUCUCUUUUGACUGAUCCAAAACUGUUUACGACAUCUUCCUAUAAAUCCGCCGCGGCGGCCUUGCCUAUAUCGACCACCUCUACACCCUGCUGUACCACGAUCUCUCUGGAGUCCCUCACGCUCUUGUCCACUAUUCCUAAUCCUCUCUCUCCCACAGUGUUUGCCUCUUCUUCGGACAAAUCAGUGGAUGCCGCCUCAGUUGACUCGAUGGAAUCCUUUGCUCACGGAUACUACGUUGCCGUAAUUGUUAGCGUCUCUGUUGUCUGUGCUAUACUCGUAUGCAUUGCGUGCGGGCUCUUGCAAUAUCGCCAUCGUCGUGGUAUAGGUCUAUCUGUGCAUAAGCGCAGGAACAGCUUGGAUAUGGUUAGAAGCGAUGUGGAACAACGAUGCACGUUAGAGCUUCGGCAGGUCUCCUCGCCUGUAUCCAUGCCGAAUAAUACGGCGCGGGUCGAGAUAGAAGGCGAACGGGCGGAAGCUGCUGAACGAUUGGGAACCCUACAUCAAUAUGAGACGCCGACCGGCCUCUGCGAAUUUUCCCUUCCCCAUCCCACUGACCCGCGCAGCCCUCGGCCGACAAUUACUUGUCUUACUAAUGUCGUCCCCGAAUUUAACGCGCUCUCCCACCCGACAGCCACGUCGGGGCCUCCGCCAGCUUACGAGGCGAGUUUAGCUCUUUCUUUGCUGGUACCUGCUCCUGACAUGGUCGACUGUGCACGACACUUACGUUGUAGGCCUCGCUAUCUCCGGAGCAUUUUGUGA